AUGGAACUAUUCCUCAAGCGCUCGCAGGGUCGUUCUCUCACCUUUGUCGUCAACACUGGCUUCGUCGAUCGACCUCUUCCUUUGACGCAGGGACGACAACAGAUGCUGCUUUCAAAGGAAAUGAUGCCGCACGUGAAGAAGCUGUAUUGGACCUUCGACAAACGCGACGAUGAGCUUCAGGCGCCGGAAAGCGGUCUUACUCCAAGCGUCUUACCACCUCUUCGUGUUCAUAAGAUGCUGAACGCCUUUCCCGCGCCUCAAUUAGAAGAGCUAUGCCUUGAAGGACCCGGGAUAAACUACGACGGUGACGCUCUGUCCGACGAGGAUGGUAUCAGCGCCAGAAUAUUCACCGGCCAAAAACCUCCCAAGCUGCACACGCUCAGAGUGCGACGUCUAUACAUACAUUGCUCUAAUCCACUCCUCGGGGCCAGCCUUCGCGUCUUGCACCUAAUCGACAUGUGCAACACCUUCUGGGUCAUGGAUCAUCUCAUGGAGACGCUCGCGCAAUUGCCGAACUUGAGGGAGCUGUAUAUGCAUUGCGCGGAGAUGCCAGAUGGCAGUCGUUCCUCCAUACUAUCAACGCCCCAUUCACCCAGUGACCACGACAAACACAUACUCUUCCCAAACCUGCGCGUCCUCUCGCUUCGCGAUACACUCGUCACCAUAAACAUGAUCCUCGCAUUCGUCCACUUUCCGCCGACUUGCUGCGUGCAUCUCGACGCUCACGCAUCAUCAGGCGGGAGUAAGACCUACAAGGGGAUGCUACUGAAGAUGCUCGCGGGCGUACUGGACGAACAUUACGGAGAGUGUGUAGAUGAUGGCAAGGCCUUCCGUAUUGUACAUUGCGUUCCUCGCACAGGCGAGAAGGAUAGCUUGACCCUCAUGGGGAGGCACCUACGCCAGGACUUCACAGUUCCUUCCGGAAGAGACGCCGUCCUUUACGACUGUCGCGAGGAGAGGCUGGGAGGUUACAUAUUGCGAUUGGAUAUAUCAUGGCAAGACGAGACCGAUCUACCAGCUAUAUCGACUGCUCGAAUCCUGUUCAACGAGAUUCACGUCUUACGCGGCAUUCGUAUGCUGACUCUUCUCACGGACGACACCUGGCUGAACGCCACCGAACCACGACCGGCACUCUCCACCUUGAUCCCAAGCUACAACCUCAUCUUCGCUGCUCAGCGCGAGGUCCGGUACUUAUCCUUGACGCACUUUCCCGCCCGCGCCUUCCUGCACUCCUGUCGCGUGCGAGGUACCGACGAGCCUAAUCAUCUAUUCCCCGAGCUCGAGUCGCUUGUGUUACAUCAUGUGGCACUGACGCCAAUAAAGAGCGUCUCUGUCAAGCCCCUCGACCCGGUAUCCUUUGCGGUGAUGCUCGCGGAUCGAAAACAGAAAGGGAAUCUGAAGCAUCUAACCGUCUUGAGGUGCACGAUGACGAAUCCUGAUAUCUUCGCGUUAUUCAAAAACUCCUUGGGCGGAGAUGGUCUGGGUUGGGACGGUCGGAGCGCAGCGCUGAAAGCCGGGAUGCUAUUGAACGACGGUAUUUUCCGAACCGCCAUCACGGACGACACCGAGGACGAGGACGGCUGGGGCUCGGACAACAGCUGGGACGAGUUCGACGAUGACGGCGAGUCUGACGGCGAGACUGAUCUGCAUAUGCUGAUCCCGCAUGAUGAGGACGAGGAUGAAGAUGAUCUGGAGUCGGAUGAAGACGACGCCGAGGAAGAGGAAGGGGUUAGCGAUUGA